AUGGACCGCCCUCGCACCCCAAAUGGCCGUCUUCCUGCCUACGCUGCCCCGCCUGAGUAUGGCUACUAUGACGACGACUACCCGCCGUCGCCCGACCGCUACAACGCCAGCGCUUCUUCCAUGCGCCUUUUGACCCAUGGCGACCCCAACGACUACAGCCCGUUAGUACCCCCCAGUCCUCCAGCAGCGCUACCGUCACUGGAGCCCGCCAGUCCUGUCUCGGGAGCACAGUCCUCCCAGCCCCGGGGACCUGGCUUGAACUUUGUUUCUCGCCCUCCGCCGGGUGCCACUCCAACCCAGCAUGCCGAAGAUCCCAUGGCGGACUUUUUGCGCGAGGCCGAGCAGUCCCUGUCCGCUUCGCAACCGCCGCAGUCCGACCUUGCUCCAGAGUCCUCUGCCUUCAAGCGCGGCACCGACAAGAUCAAGAAGACGAUCAAGCUGAACGUCAAGCGCAAGCCUGCCGCCAACACACAAGGCUCACAAGAACAACCUGACAGGCCGGCUCCGCAGUCCUCCUACGACCCCUCCACCUACCCUUCCACCACAUCGCUGCCUCUCUCAAGAGCGCCAUCCAUCCUGGACACUGCUCCGCACAUGCCCCCGCCCGACCUCGACAGCGCCUACAUGCCUUACCGCACUGCCACUCCGACCAACCGCGCCGGAUCGCCAACGAGGCCCUGGACCCCUUCCAUCCGCCCCCCUGCAUCCAGCGCUGCAUAUGAGCCACUUGACCUGAAUGGCACCCCACGCCCCGGCACCCCGUCUUCUCGCUAUGGCGGCAGCCCGAAACGCCCGCUUCCACCCCAACCUCUCUUUGCUGGCGGCCGCCCCAUUUCUAGCGACUCGAAGCAUAGUGAAGCCACCAUCGCCAUCGAGGACGAUGAAAUCUUCGGCGCUGACGGUGACAUGGGCUCAAGGCCCGAGCUUCACACGAUGGACUCGUUCAACAGCCACUCCACUUUUACUGACGAGUUCUAUGACGAAAAGCACAUGGGUCCAGCCCCAAGCCCUGGCAAACAACAGAGACGCGGCGCCCGUCAACAACGCGUUGAAAAGCGAGAAGUUCGCCUUGUCAAUGGCGAGCUAAUCCUCGAGUGCAAGAUCCCCACGACCCUUUACAGCUUCCUCCCUCGCAAGGAUGGAAGCGAAUUCACGCACAUGCGAUACACUGCUGUGACGUGCGACCCCGAUGACUUCGUCGACAAAGGCUACAAAUUACGUCAAAAUUUUGGCGCGACUGAACGCGAGACAGAGCUGUUCAUCGCCGUGACCAUGUACAACGAGAACGAGAUCGACUUUACUCGUACUAUGCAUGGUGUUAUGCGCAACAUCUCUCAUUUCUGCUCGCGCGCAAAGAGUAGAACCUGGGGGAAGGACGGAUGGCAGAAGAUUGUCGUCUGCAUCAUUGCAGACGGUCGCCAAAAGGUGCACCCUCGAGUCCUCGACGCUCUGGCCGCCAUGGGCUGCUACCAGGAAGGCAUUGCCAAGAACACCGUCAAUGACAAGGAAGUCACGGCGCACGUCUACGAAUACACCACGCAGGUAUCCCUCGACUCUGACCUCAGGUUCAAAGGUGCCGAGAAGGGAAUCGUUCCCUGCCAGAUCGUCUUCUGUCUGAAGGAGAAGAAUGCGAAGAAGCUCAACUCUCACCGAUGGUUCUUCAACGCUUUUGGUCGCGCCCUGAACCCCAACAUCUGCAUCCUUCUCGACGUUGGCACCAAGCCCGGCUCCAAAGCGUUGUACUACCUUUGGAAGGCGUUCGACACGGACUCGAGCGUUGCGGGUGCUGCCGGUGAGAUCAAAGCUGGCAAGGGCAAGGGAUGGCUGGGUCUUCUGAACCCGCUGGUCGCUUCUCAGAACUUUGAGUACAAGAUGUCCAACAUCCUGGAUAAGCCACUAGAAUCGGUCUUUGGCUAUAUCACCGUCUUGCCGGGUGCUUUGAGUGCCUAUCGUUACCACGCCCUGCAAAACGACGAGACUGGACAUGGCCCUCUGAGUCAGUACUUCAAGGGAGAGACGCUCCACGGCCAAGAUGCGGACGUGUUCACGGCCAACAUGUACCUGGCCGAAGAUCGUAUUCUUUGUUGGGAGCUGGUUGCCAAGCGGAGCGAAAGAUGGGUCUUAAAAUACGUCAAGAGUGCAACGGGAGAGACCGAUGUUCCAGGCAACGUACCCGAGUUCAUCUCUCAGCGCCGCAGGUGGUUGAACGGAGCUUUCUUCGCUGCCGUAUACUCACUCCUCCACUUCAGACAGAUCUGGGCGACAGACCACACUUUGUGGCGGAAGAUUCUGCUACACAUCGAAUUCGUCUAUCAGUUCGUCAGCUUACUGUUCACUUACUUUUCUUUGGCCAACUUUUACUUGACUUUCUACUUCAUCGCCGGUUCUCUCAGUGAUCCCAAGUUAGACCCCUUCGGUCACAACAUGGGUCACGUAAUUUUCCAGAUCCUGCGGUAUUCCUGCACUCUUUUGAUCUGCAUGCAGUUCAUUCUUUCCAUGGGAAAUCGUCCUCAGGGAGCGAAGAAGAUGUUCCUCUUCUCUAUGAUCGUGUACGGUGUCAUCAUGAUGUAUGUGACGUUCGCAUCAGUCUACAUCGUCGUCGACCAGCUCCGCGAUCCGGACACGAAGUUCGAGCUUGGCAACAACAUAUUCACCAACAUGAUUGUCAGCACAGCCAGUACGAUCGGCCUGUAUUUCCUCAUGUCAUUCUUGUAUUUGGAUCCCUGGCAUAUGAUCACCUCGUCGGGCCAGUACUUCGCACUUCUCCCCGCGUACAUUUGCACGCUUCAAGUCUACGCUUUCUGUAACGCGCACGAUGUUACGUGGGGCACGAAGGGUGACAACGUCCAAAACCGCGACCUCGGCCAAGCCAAAGGAAGUGGUAAUACGGUCGAGUUGGAGAUGCCCUCGGAACAGCUCGACAUCGAUUCUGGCUACGACGAGGCGCUUCGAAACCUCCGCGACCGUAUCGAGGUGCCCUCACCAGGUCUUAGCGAGAGCCAGGCACAGGAAGACUACUACCGCGCCGUGCGUACAUACAUGGUCGUUGUGUGGAUGAUCUGCAAUGCCAUCCUGGCCAUGGCGGUCUCGGAAGCCUACCCUGUUGGAGAGGUUGGCUCGAACUUCUAUCUCAAGUUUAUCCUAUGGAGCGUCGCCGCGGUGGCCUUGUUCCGUGCCAUCGGCUCAAGCGCAUUCGGUGUCAUCAACAUCAUACACAUGAUUGCCGAGGGCCGGCUCAAGUGGCGUGGAAGGUCCAGCAGCAACGGCCCGAAGACGAAAUUCGGACGCAGUGGCAGAUUCAGCUGGCUGCCGACCUUCGGCACACCGAGCUGGGUCAGCAGCAGUGGCAGUUGGGUGAGCAGCAAAGCAAGUAGCGUGGGGAGUAGGCUGAGGAGAUAG